AUGGGACAGUCUGGUUGUGUAGACCAACCUUGGUUACCAUGCGGGAAUAGAAUCCCGUUUCACCCUCCAAGUCCUUACGGUCCGAAAGUAUACAACAAUGAGCGCGAGGAGAUUAUGGAGACGGAAUCGGAAGAGGAUCCGGGGGAGGAUCCCAUGGAAAACCCGGAGGAACAGCAAUUCAUGUUCAGUCCCGAACAGUCUCCAGCACCUAUCUUUGGGCCAAGAUUGCCGGUUUACAUAGAGAUUUCGUCGUACAGUGCCAUGUCCCUUGAGCGCACUGAUAGUCCAGCUCCGAUGGAAUACCCAAUUCAAAUACCCUCGCUACGAAGUCAGAAUCAAGAAGAGCUGCAGUAG